CGGGACCGCCGCAAGAAGCCCGUGAUGCUGUUCAUCCACGGGGGCUCCUUCAUGGAGGGGACGGGGAACAUGUUUGACGCCAGCGUCCUGGCCGCCUACGGCAACGUCAUCGUCGUGACAAUGAACUACCGGCUCGGCGUGCUCGGCUUCCUGAGCACGGGUGACCAAUCGGCCAAGGGGAACUACGGGCUGCUGGACCAGAUCCAGGCGCUGCGCUGGCUCAACGAGAACAUCGGACACUUCGGCGGCGACCCCGAACGCAUCACCAUCUUCGGCUCUGGCGCCGGGGGGUCCUGUGUCAACCUCCUCAUCCUCUCACACCACUCGGAGGGUCUGUUCCAGCGAGCCAUCGCCCAGAGUGGCACAGCCAUCUCCAGCUGGUCCAUCAACUACCAGCCCCUGAAGUACACCAAGAUCCUGGCCCGCAAGGUGGGCUGCACCUACUCCGAGACCGCUGACCUGGUGGACUGCCUCCGGCGCAAGAACUUCCGGGAGCUGGUGGACCAGGACAUCCAGCCGGCCCGUUACCACAUCGCCUUUGGCCCCGUGGUGGACGGAGACGUCGUCCCCGACGACCCGGAGAUCCUCAUGCAGCAGGGGGAGUUCCUCAACUACGACAUCCUGAUCGGCGUGAACCAGGGCGAGGGGCUCAAGUUCGUGGACGACAGCGAGGACAACGAGGGCAUCUCCGCCGCAGCGUUCGAUUACACCAUCUCCAACUUUGUGGACAACCUCUAUGGAUAUCCCUCUAUGGGUAAGGACAUCCUGCGGGAGACCAUUAAGUUCAUGUACACCGACUGGGCGGACCGGGACAACGGCGACAUGCGGCGCAAGACGCUGCUGGCGCUGUUCACCGACCACCAGUGGGUGGCGCCGGCCAUCGCCACCGCCAAGCUGCACGCCGAGUUCCAGUCGCCCGUCUACUUCUACACCUUCUACCACCACUGCCAGACGGAGGCGCGGCCCGAGUGGGCCGACGCGGCGCACGGCGACGAGAUCCCCUACGUGUUCGGCGUGCCCAUGAUCGGCGCCACCGACCUGUUCCCCUGCAACUUCUCCAAGAACGACGUCAUGCUCAGCGCCGUGGUCAUGACCUACUGGACCAACUUCGCCAAGACCGGGGACCCCAACCUGCCCGUCCCACAGGACACCAAGUUCAUCCACACCAAGCCCAACCGCUUCGAGGAGGUGAUCUGGACCAAGUUCAGCUCCAAGGACAAGCAGUACCUCCACAUCGGCCUGAAGCCGCGCGUCCGCGACAACUACCGGGCCAACAAGGUGGCCUUCUGGCUGGAGCUGGUGCCCCACCUGCACCAGAUCCACGACGACUCCCCCGACUUCCUCAACCCCACCAUCCACCUGCCGCCGGGCGCCCCUGGCGGCGGCGGCGGCGGCGGUGGCGGCGCCACCACGCUACGCCCGCACCGCCCGCCGCCGCGCACCACCACCCGCCACCCCUACCCCACCUUCCCCUCGGAGCCCGAGCACGAGGGCUCGGAGCGCCCGCCCCAGGACCUGUUCCCGGGCGAGACGCGGGACUACUCGACGGAGCUGAGCGUGACGGUGGCGGUGGGCGCGUCCCUCCUCUUCCUCAACGUGCUGGCCUUCGCCGCGCUCUACUACAAGCGGGACAAGCGGCACGAGCUGCUGCGCCACCGGCUCUCGCCGCAGCGCGCCGGCCGGCCCGCCAACGACCUGGCGCACAGCCAGGAGGAGGAGAUCAUGUCGCUGCAGAUGAAGCACUCGGAGCACGACGGCCACCACGACAUGGAGCCGCUGCGGCCGCACGACAUCCUGCGGCCGGCGUGCCCGCCCGACUACACGCUGGCGCUGCGCCGCGCGCCCGACGACGUGCCCCUCAUGACGCCCAACACCAUCACCAUGAUCCCCAGCACCAUCACCGGCAUGCAGCCGCUGCACGCCUUCAACACCUUCCCCGCCACCGCCGGCCACAACAACACCCUGCCCCACCCGCACUCCACCACGCGCGUAUAG